AUGGAAACCAACGUUGGCUCGCUGGACUCCUGCACGCCCGCCACGUGUUCGGACUUGGCCAGCCUCCCCUCGAACGGCGCCGUCGCCGCCGUCCACCCCUCCCCGGUGGCCUUCAACUCCGCCGAGGCCACACUCGGCCGCCACCUCGCUCGCCGCCUGGUCCAGAUCGGCGUCGGCGACGUGUUCGCCGUCCCCGGGGACUUCAACCUGACGCUGCUCGACCACCUCAUAGCUGAGCCGGGGCUCAACCUCGUCGGCUGCUGCAACGAGCUGAACGCCGGCUACGCCGCCGACGGCUACGCCAGGGCGCGAGGCGUCGGGGCGUGCGCGGUGACGUUCACAGUCGGCGGUUUGAGCGUUCUCAACGCCAUCGCCGGCGCGUACAGCGAGAAUCUCCCCGUCAUCUGCAUCGUCGGCGGCCCAAACUCCAACGACUACGGCACGAACAGGAUCUUGCACCACACGAUCGGGCUGCCGGAUUUUAGCCAGGAGCUUCGUUGUUUUCAGACCGUCACUUGCUAUCAGGCGGUGGUGAAUAAUCUGGAGGAUGCGCACGAGCUGAUCGACACGGCAAUUUCGACGGCGUUAAAGGAGAGCAAGCCGGUGUACAUUAGCGUGAGCUGUAACUUGCCGGCCAUCCCUCACCCAACGUUUAGUCGCGAGCCUGUUCCGUUUUCGCUCUCCCCAAAACUGACCAAUCAAAUGGGCCUGGAGGCCGCAGUCGAGGCUGCCGUCCAGUUCCUCAACAAGGCCGUGAAGCCCGUCCUCGUCGGGGGGCCGAAACUCCGCGUGGCCCGGGCCUGCGACGCCUUUGUCCAGCUGGCAGAUGCUUGCGGUUACCCGCUGGCAGUCAUGCCCUCGGCAAAAGGUCUUGUACCCGAGCACCACCCUCACUUCAUCGGCACUUACUGGGGUGCCGUGAGCACUGCUUUUUGUGCUGAAAUAGUCGAAUCUGCGGAUGCGUACAUUUUUGCGGGCCCCAUUUUCAACGACUACAGCUCGGUCGGGUACUCUUUGCUCCUCAAGAAGGAAAAGGCCAUCAUCGUGCAGCCCGAUCGUGUGGUUAUUGGUAACGGGCCAGCCUUUGGGUGCGUACUCAUGAAGGAUUUCUUAACGAGCCUUGCGAAAAGGCUGAGCCCGAACCCGACUGCACACGAGAAUUACCUGAGGAUUUAUGUUCCGGAUGGUCGGCCCGUGAAGGCCGCGCCUAAAGAAGCUUUGAGGGUGAAUGUGCUGUUUCAGCACAUUCAGGAGAUGCUUUCGGGGGAGACAGCUGUCAUUGCCGAGACGGGUGAUUCGUGGUUUAACUGCCAGAAGCUCAAACUGCCAGCUGGCUGUGGGUACGAGUUUCAGAUGCAAUACGGGUCGAUAGGAUGGUCAGUUGGUGCAACUUUGGGCUAUGCUCAGGCUGUGCCCGAGAAGCGGGUUAUUGCUUGCAUUGGGGAUGGUAGCUUUCAGGUUACGGCUCAAGAUGUGUCGACUAUGAUAAGAUCUGGCCAGAAGUCAAUCAUUUUCCUGAUUAACAAUGGUGGCUACACAAUCGAGGUUGAGAUUCAUGACGGGCCUUACAACGUGAUCAAGAACUGGAACUACACUGCAUUGGUCGAUGCUUUCCAUAAUGGCGAAGGCAAAUGCUGGACAACGAAGGUUUGGUGUGAAGAGGAGCUCAUUGAGGCUAUUGAAACUGCUACUGGAGACAAAAAGGACUGCUUGUGCUUCAUUGAGGUGAUUGUUCACAAGGAUGAUACGAGUAAAGAGCUUCUCGAGUGGGGUUCGAGGGUCUCUGCAGCUAAUAGCCGCCCGCCUAAUCCUCAGUAG